AACCGGAGCGGGACUCUUGAAAAGAACAGUCUGCUUGUGACAGCUCGUCUUUAUGUCGCCUCUGUGUUUGGGCUUUAUAUCAUGUUUUAUAGGGACUUCAUUACAAUAGCACUACUGUGUUUGGGCUUUAUAUAAUGUUUUAUAGGGACUUCAUUACAAUGGCUCUACUUCAGAGGCAACAAAGAGCUAUGUAAUGACUUGUAACUCGACUAAUUGUUUGUUAGCGUUAGCGAGCUAACGCAGAGGGGACAAACUUGAAAGAGCAGGUGCGGAAAAGAGUGCAAAAAUGCCGGCCAAGAAGCAGACGUCGGCAGCGGCGAACAUCUCCAGCUCCUUGGACCUGGAGUCGGAGGACAUCAGCCUGGAGACCACCGUGCCCACCGCCGAGGACCUCUCCUCCUCCGACGAGCAGCGGGCGAGCUCCCAGAAGGUGACCCGCCAGCUGAUCGAGAGGAAGCAGCUGCUGCAGAACGUCGAGCUGCUCAAAAUCGAGCUUUCCCGGAAGAACCUGACCAUAGACAACAUGAAGGCUGACUACAUGUCCAAGGUGGAGGAGCUGGAAGAGAAGCUAAACGAUGCUCUGCACCAGAAACACGUGCUGACGCUGAAACUGGACAGUCAUGUGAAACAUGCCCAGGAGGAAAACAGGAAGCACCAGGUGGUGCGGAAACAGGAAGUGGACACCAUCGUGCUCCGGCAGCAGCAGCUGGAGGAGGCCAACCGGCAGAUGCGAGAGAAAGCCGGAGAGCUGCGGCGCUCACUGAGGGAUCUGGACAUCUCCCGCGAGCGCCACCAGGAGCUGCGCAACCUCCCCGAGGAAGCCAUGACCAUUCAGGAGUUUGUAGCGGUGCGAUUUUACGAGGCGAUGACUCCUUUGAAGGCAGAGCUGGCUGAGGUCAUCGUGAAGAAAGACACUUUAAAGGAAGACGUGGACACACAGCGGACUCAGAUGAAAGCCCUGCUGGAGAGCUACGAGGAGGAGCGUCGUCUCCGUACCGAGUUGGAGCUGAGGAGCCAGAGACUGACGCUGGAACUGGCCGACACCAAGCAGCACCUCCAAGACGGGGACUUCCGGCGAGAAAACUACCCUAACGUCAAACGUGAGCGGGACAUUUUGGAAGCAGAGGUGAAGGAGAUAAAGAGAAAAUUUGAGACCCUUGACUUGAGUCACACAACCCUCGGCAGGCAGCGUGAGGCCCUCAGCAAAGAGAUGGCGACGUUGCAGCAGUCAGUGACGCUGCUGCAAAAGGACAAGGAGUACCUGCACAGGCAGAACAUGGAGCUCAGUGUUCGCUGUGCACAUGAGGAAGACCGCCUGGAGCGCAUGCAGGUGCAACUGGAGGACAGCAAGAAGGCCAGGGAGGACGCCUAUGAGAAAUAUGUCGCAUCCAGAGACCACUAUAAGUCUGAGUAUGAAAGGAAGUUGAGGGACGAGCUGGAGAACAUCAGAAUGAAAACCGGCCAGGAGAUCGACAACCUGCAGAGAACGUCCAAGGAGAUGUACGAGCGAGAGAACAGAAACUUGCGGGAGGCCAGAGACAACGCCGUGCUGGAGAAGGAGCGAGGGCUCGUUGCAGAGAGAGACGCCCAGUCACGAUACGACCAGCUGCUGGAACAGUUUCGCCAGCUGCAGCUCGGCACCGACAGCCGGGUGGCCGAGUUGUCCAACCAGGCCAAGCUGCACUCCUUCGAAGCCGAGCGUGCUCAGAUGCUGAAGGAGGAGACGGACAAGGCUCUGGCCCAGUGCCAGAUGGAGUGUGAAAAACAGCAGAAAAAACUGGAGGUCCUCACGCAGGAGUUCUACAGGCUGCAGACGACAUCAGAGAAGCGCGUGGCGGAGCUGCACGCUCAGAAUGCCGAGCAGGCGUCUCGGCUGGUGACGUACGAAAAGCUGGAGCAAGAGCUGGACCAGGUCACCAUGCAGGCUGCUGAAAUCGAGAACGAGGAGGAAGCUGAGAGGGUUCUAUUCUCAUACGGCUACGGAGCCAACGUUCCAACCACAGCUAAAAGGAGACUUCAGCAGAGUGUUCACCUGGCCCGCAGGGUGCUGCAGCUGGAGAGGCUGAACACAUCACUGAGGAGCGAGUUGGAGAGACACCAGUCCCAAACAGGCCAGAUAUCUGAAGAGUUGUCAGCGGCCCAGCAGCUGCUGGAGCAGACCCAGCAGCCCUACAGCUACCUGAUAGAGACGGCGAGACACAAGGACGGACAGAUCGACACGCUGAAGCAGCGCGUGGCUUCGCUGGAAGACGACGUCAGCGCUCUGAAGAAGGAACGCACGGCUCUGCUGCAGGUGAAGAACAACAUGGCCGCCGAUCUGGAGCGCCUCCUCAACCAUCGGGAGGAGUUGGCCAUGAUGAAGCAGGUCCUGAUCAGCAUGCGCUCCCGAGAGGAAAACGCUCUGAGCCCGCUGCAGUCCCACAAAGGAGACAUGAUGAGCUCCAAGCAGGACAGCAGGCCCGCGGAAGAGGAGUCGUCCAACAAGCCCAAACCCACCGUGUUCACCAAAAGAGAAACUCCAGAUUGGUACCGAAAAGUGAAGCAGAAUCCCAAAUAACGACGUGGAGCAAACACUCGAACUGACGUUUUGACCUCAUCUUUGUGUUAAGUUUUUGUUGACAUAUCAACUUUCUCCCAGCGUCCCGAGCCUUCCCUUGUUCUCCCACGCGCUCAGAUGUUCCACAGGUAACACAUUCCUCGCCAAGUGCCCAAAUAUUCUUCUUUCCUGGCGCCCUCCGCCGCGAUUGUGUCCAUCCAUCAUAACAUCAUCAUGCUUUCCACUCUGCCUGGGUCUUACGUCGGACGCUUGGCACACUUCUAGCACCUCCUCGUGCUCUAAGUCAAUCCAGCUGCUCGUUGUUGUUGUUGACGGCGUGCGGCACAUCUUCCUUUCAUACCUGGCCAGCCUAGUACGGGCAUUUUUUUUUCAUUCACAUCCUGCUUGCGGUUUUCAUCCUGUUCUUUAAAGCGUUCAACAAAUAUACAACGACACUGUUAUUAAACCCUCAAGUGUU